CAGGGCCUCCAAACCAGGAGGGAAAGUUUCAUCUAAAUGGGAUGCACAAAAAUGAAGAAGUGAUUCUUGGUGGACUUUUUACAGUCAACUUCAUUUCUACCUAUGCUGACCUGUCGUUUACCUCAGAGCCAGAAAAGCCUGACUGCUACGGUUUUCAUGUAAUAGGAUUCAGACAGGCUCAGACCAUGGCCUUUGCUAUUGAUGAGAUCAACAGAAACUCCAACCUGCUGCCUAAUGUGACUCUGGGAUACAGUCUGUAUGAUAACUGCAACCAACUAGGAAUUGGAUUUCGUGGAGCACUGUCCUUAGUCAGUGGUCAAGAAGAGCAAGUUACAUUAGAGGAGAACUGUGUAGGAACUCCUCCAGUCCUAGGGAUUGUGGGCGAUUCUUCCUCUACUCGUACUAUUGCAGUCUCUGCUAUCUUAGGUUUGUACAGAGUGCCUCUGGUCAGUUAUUUUGCCACAUGUUCCUGCCUGAGUGAUCGUCAAAAGUUUCCAUCUUUCUUUAGGACGAUCCCGAGUGAUGCUUUUCAGGUGAAUGCUAUGAUUCAGAUUCUAAAACACUUUGGUUGGACUUGGGCAGGUCUGCUCAUCAGUGAUGAUGAUUAUGGAGUCCAUGCUGCCCGAUCCUUUCACUCUGAUCUGGGUCCAGCUGGUGGAGGUUGUCUGGCUUACACAGAGAUUUUGCCCUGGGGUGAAGAUCCUGCUGAACUAAGGAGAAUAGUGGAUGUGAUGAGGAAAUCUACAGCUCGAGUGGUGAUUGUGUUUGCACAUCAGAUCCACAUGAUCCAACUAAUGGAAGAGGUGGUGAGGCAGAAUGUGACAGGCCUGCAGUGGAUGGCCAGUGAAGGCUGGUCAUCAGCUGCUGUGCUCCAGACUCCACACAUCAUGUUGUACCUGGGUGGAACACUGGGCAUCUCCAUCCGUCAAGGAGAAAUACCGGGACUCAGGGACUUCCUGUUAAAAAUACGUCCUGAUCUACAGCACAAUAACACAGAUGGAAACAGCAUGGUGAAUCAGUUUUGGGAACACACAUUUCAGUGUAGAUUUGCACCACCUCCAGCAGGUUGGGUGGAAGCUGGAGGAGAAUUAUGCACUGGACAGGAAGUUAUAGAGAAUGUGGAGACUGAGUUCUUCGAUGUUUCAAACCUCAGGCCAGAGUAUAAUGUGUAUAAGGCUGUGUACGCUCUGGCAUAUGCUCUUGAUGACAUGCUGCAGUGUGAGCCAGGGAGAGGACCUUUCAGCAACAACACCUGUGCUCAUUUACAAAGACUGGAGCCAUGGCAGAUUAUGCAUUACUUGCAAAAAGUCAACUUUACCACAUCAUUUGGUGAUGAAGUGUCAUUUGAUGAAAAUGGUGAUGCCUUACCAAUAUAUGAUAUCAUGAACUGGGUGUGGCUCCCUGAUGGAAGAACUAAAGUUCAGAGAGUGGGUGAGGUUAAAAGGUCAGCCUUCAAAGGUGAAGAACUCACACUGGAUGAAAACAAAAUCUUCUGGAACUUUGAAUCCAAACAGCCUCCUCGGUCAGUGUGCAGUGAGAGUUGUCCUCCAGGUACUCGCAUAGUUAGGAAGAAGGGGGAACCUGAGUGUUGUUUUGACUGUGUGCCUUGUUCUGAGGGAAAGAUCAGCAACACAACUGACUCCUUGGAGUGUACCAACUGUCCAGAAGAUUUCUGGUCCAGCCCCAAGCGGGACCACUGUGUUCCUAAGAAAACAGAGUUCCUCUCCUACCAUGAGCCUCUGGGUAUCUGCUUAACAACCAUCUCACUGUUGGGCACAUUUAUCUGUGUUCUUGUUCUGGGCAUCUUCAUUCAUCAUCACAGCACACCCAUAGUUCGUGCCAACAAUUCAGAACUCAGUUUUCUUCUCUUGGUGUCACUCAAAUUGUGUUUCUUGUGUUCGUUGCUCUUCAUUGGACGACCCAGAUUAUGGACUUGCCAACUAAGACAUGCAGCAUUUGGCAUCAGUUUUGUGCUUUGUGUCUCAUGUAUCCUGGUGAAAACCAUGGUGGUUCUGGCUGUGUUCAGGGCCUCCAAACCAGGAGGUGAGUCCAGUCUCAAGUGGUUUGGUGCUGUGCAGCAGAGAGGGACAGUUCUGGUUCUGACUUCUGUUCAAGCAGCAAUCUGCACUGUCUGGCUUGUCUCUGCUUCACCAGUGCCUCAUAAAAACACCCAGUAUCAUAGUGACAAGAUAGUUUAUGAGUGUGUAGUUGGGUCCACAGUUGGUUUUGCAGUUUUACUUGGUUAUAUUGGUUUACUGGCUGUCCUCAGUUUUCUGUUAGCUUUUCUAGCAAGGAAUCUUCCAGACAGUUUCAAUGAGGCCAAGCUCAUCACUUUCAGCAUGCUGAUCUUCUGUGCAGUGUGGGUGGCCUUUGUCCCUGCGUACAUCAGCUCACCAGGCAAAUAUUCAGAUGCAGUGGAGGUAUUUGCCAUCCUGGCCUCCAGCUUUGGUCUCUUGGUGGCGCUGUUUGGACCCAAAUGUUACAUAAUCCUGUUGAGACCAGAGAGAAACACAAAGAAAGCCAUCAUGGGUCGAAGCAUUGGAUCGUAAACGCUGCAACAUUGUCAAUUCUAGCUACAUUUUUCGUACAAAAUACAAGUAGAAUAAUGUUUUCAUAAACAAAUUAAUAUCAUUUCACAAGAAAAAUGGUUGAAUUAUGUAUGUCUGAUAUAAUAUAUUGAUCCUUAUAAUUUAAUUACUUUUUUAUUUUUUAUCAAUUAACAAAUAUAAAACGCAAAUCUCAUCUUCCCCAACUGACAAACUAUUCAGAUUCAGACUAUUCAGUCUCUCCCUCCUCAACAGGAACAUGUGAAAUGGGUGUAGGAUUUAAUGUGUGUGGAAAUUGAUUUUGCAGUCAGUGUGUUCUUUAUUUGGUGCAUAUAGUGGAGAGCUCAUUAUUUGGCAGUCACUCUAUUGGGUAUGGAACAGUUCACUGUUUAGGAAUACCUUUCUUGAUGAAUGAACAACUCACUAUUUGUCACUGUCAGUCUGUUGCUGAAUUUAUUGAACAGCUAACUAUUUGACAGUUGACAGUUUGUGAAUUUGUCAGUCGAAUUUGUCAGCACAUUAAUUUGGUCAUGGUGGAGGUAUGGAACAGCUCACUAUUUGGUAGCCCGUCGAUGGAAGUUUAGAAAAGCUCAAUUCAAUUUAAUCAACAUGUGUUGUACUUCAAAUUGUGUUCAUACAAUGGACAAAUGCUAAAUUGAUGUAUACAGAUGCUCUGCUUCAUUACAGUUAAGUAUCAAAGUAAAUGUGGUCGUAACUGGUGAAGAACAAAGUACCAUUAAAGUGAAAUAUUCAAGACUUUCCAUCA